CGACAACUACAUCUCAGCUCCCCGCCUACCUUCCUCCGCGAUAGACAGCUCGUAGACAGCGAGAAAAGCGUCUUCUUAACCUCCCCUCCGGCUCUCCCCGCUUCAGAUCUCGCCGCCAUGUCGAUUAUGGAGUACAACGGUGGCUCGGUCGUUGCCAUGCUUGGCAAGGACUGCGUCGCGAUCGCGUGUGACCUCCGCCUCGGCGCGCAGGCUACCGGCGUUGCCAUGAACUUUGAGAAGGUGUUCCCAGUCAACGACACGCUUUACUACGGGCUGCCGGGUCUCGCAACGGACGUGUACACCCUCAAGGAGCAGCUCCGCUUUCGUGUGAACAUGUACCGCAUGAAGGAGGAGCGCGAAAUCACUCCUGAAACGUUCACGCACCUUGUCAGCAGCACACUGUACGAGAAGCGCUUCGGGCCAUACUUCAUUGAGCCUGUCGUGGCAGGAAUCCCCAAGGCCACAGAGUCCAACCCCAACCCCAAGCCAUUCAUCUCUACCAUGGACACCAUCGGGUGCAUUACCACGCCCAAGGACUUUGCCGUGGCGGGAACAGCAACUGACAAGCUGUAUGGUGCGGCUGAGGGCCUGUGGGAGCCUGAUCUUGAACCCGAGGAUCUGUUCGAGACCAUCUCUCAAACGCUGCUGAACGCUGUCGACCGCGACGCUCUCAGCGGCUGGGGCGCCAUCGUCCAUGUUAUCACCAAGGAUAAGGUGGUCACGCGGACACUGCGUUCGCGCAUGGACUAAGAGAAGAGAGC